CAUACAAAUUUGACCAAGGUUUUAUGGUUGGAAUGGUACCCAGGGCAAUUUUGCAAUCGUUCUUUUCCCUGUCCAAAAUCUCUGUUCUCCCUUUGCAAGCGACAGCUAAACCCUUCUGAUUUUAGCACUUCGCUUCGAAUUUGUCUAACAAUGCAACAGGCUGGAUCGUCGGGGUCAGAGGCUGAGGUAACGUGGGAUGAUCAGCAGAAUAUCAAUAAGUUCGGAAGAUUGAACAAUCGGCUUCACGAGCUAGACGAUGAAAUCAAGACUGCCAAGUUGAUGGUUGCGGUUAAACUUGAGUUUUUGGAACUUAAAGUGGAUAGGAUAGAUGGAUUAUUGCUACGAUCUUCUAAUAUGGAGCCUGGUGGGAAUUUCGAAAACAAUGAAAGUCUUGAGGAUGCAAGCAAUGAGCUGAUCCUUACUGAUGAGGAGAUUGUGAGGUUCCAAAUAGGUGAGGUAUUUGUUCACGUGCCCAAAGAUGAAGUGGAAAGCAGGAUUGAAGAUAUGAAGGAAGUGACGAGCAAGAAUUUGACGAAGCUGCAAGAGGAAAGGGAGUCCAUAAUUGCUCAGAUGGCCGAAUUGAAGAAGAUUCUCGAAGGCGAUAGGGCCGACAUUCUGAGAGGGCUUGAUGAGAUUGAGAGGCUGAUCGAGAGAGGGGAGUUCGCUUGGAGGACGGACAGGGAAGACGUCCACAUGAACAUUGAAGCUGCGCUCACGGACUUAGUUGGUGAGCCUGCAAAGAAGCUCCAUACUGCCCGGAGCAGGAACGAUCAAGUCUGCACUGACUUUCGGCUCUGGUGUCGGGACGCGAUUGAUGGAAUUGUUGCUCGUAUUAGGAAUCUUUCCGUUGCAUUGGUGAAACUGGCUGUGAAGAAUGAAGGCCUGAUAGUUCCAGGGUAUACUCAUUUGCAAAGGGCACAACCUGUUCUUCUGGCGCAUCUUCUUUUAACAUAUGUUGAGCAGCUAGAACGGGAUGCUGGCCGUUUGCUGGACUGCCAUGUCAGAAUGAAUAUUUGCCCCCUGGGUGCCUGUGCAUUAGCUGGCACUGGCCUGCCCAUUGAUAGGUUUAUGACUUCCGAGGCUUUGGGAUUCAGUGCCCCAAUGAGGAAUAGCAUUGAUGCUGUUUCAGACCGAGAUUUUGUUCUAGAGUUCCUUUCUGCAAAUUCCAUCAUAGCCGUCCAUCUCUCCCGCCUUGGUGAAGAAUGGGUGUUGUGGGCAUCAGAAGAGUUUGGUUUCAUCACUCCUAGUGAUUCGGUUUCAACUGGAAGCAGUAUAAUGCCUCAGAAAAAGAACCCAGACCCAAUGGAACUCGUUCGGGGGAAAUCUGCUAGAGUUAUUGGGGACCUGGUUUCUCUUCUUGUGUUGUGCAAGGGUCUUCCUCAUGCUUACAACCGUGACUUACAGGAAGAUAAAGAACCUGUAUUUGACAGUGCAAAAACAAUAAUGGGGAUGCUUGAAGUUUCUGCAGAAUUUGCUGAAAACAUCACCUUCAACCAGGAGAAAAUCCAAAAUGCUUUGCCAGCUGGUCAUCUUGAUGCAACAACACUCGCAGACUAUCUUGUGAAAAAGGAUGUACCUUUUAGAACUUCUCACGAUAUCGUUGGUAGAGCCGUUGCCUUAUGUUUUUCAAGAAAUUGCCAACUUCAAGAUUUGACUCUGGAUGAGCUCAAAAGUAUAAGCGCAACGUUUGACAAGGAUGUGUACGAGUUUCUUGGAGUCGAAAACUCUAUUAAAAAAUUCAGUUCGUAUGGAUCCACUGGCUCAGAAUGUGUAGCCAGUCAACUUGAUUACUGGGUAAACAAGUUGGAGUUAAGCAGAAAUUGAAAAGGUCAGUUUACUCGGGAAAUUUUGUUGUUUUAGACGAGGAUUCUGUAAUUUUUUUUUUUUUUUAAAUGUAUUUUAUAUUUUUUGGCAUUCU